GGACUUAAAACCGGAGAACAUACUCCUGGAUUGCCAGGGACACAUAGUAUUGACGGACUUUGGUCUCUGCAAAGAAGGGAUGGAGCAAGAGGAGACAACCUCCACUUUUUGUGGCACUCCUGAGUACUUGGCUCCUGAGGUGCUAAAGAAGCAGCCGUAUGACAGGACAGUAGACUGGUGGUGCCUGGGAGCUGUUCUCUACGAGAUGCUGUUUGGACUGCCUCCUUUUUACAGCCGGGAUGUGUCUCAGAUGUAUGACAACAUUCUGCACAAGCCACUCCAGAUCCAAGGAAGCAAGACUGUGGCAGCUUGUGACAUCCUCCAGGGACUUCUCCACAAGGACCAGAAGCGGAGGCUGGGUGCCAAGACAGACUUUCUUGAGAUAAAGAACCAUGUAUUCUUCAGCCCAAUAAACUGGGAUGACUUGUAUCACAAGAGGAUUACUCCUCCAUUUAACCCCAAUGUGGCCGGUCCAGCUGAUCUGCGACACUUCGAUCCAGAGUUCACCCAAGAAGCGAUCUCUGCUUCCAUCACCCACACGCCUGACCUAGCAGCCAGCAGCUCCAGUGCCUCAGAUGCAUUUUUAGGAUUUUCUUAUGCACCAACUGAAGAGGGCAUUUAGGUUUUUAUAAAGGCUUUGAGAAGCCAGAUUUUAACUGAAUGGGGUUUGGUUUUCCUUUUUUUCUUUUUUUCUGAAAGGAUUGGUACUGAUCUUUGCUCAUGGCUUAAGGAAAUUUGGACUAAUACACUAACUG